AUGGCGGCCGCGGGGAUAGUAGCUGUUGCUGCCGCUGCCGAAAACUCAGGACUAGUAGCUUCGAGUGGCAAUUUCUGCGGGGUCAACUGCGGCCCAAGUCCCGGAACAGGCUCGGGCCCGGCCUCGUGGAGCCGUUCCCUCGACCGGGCCUUAGAAGAAGCUGCAAUAACGGGGUCGCUGAGCCUGAGCGGCCGGAAACUGAGGGAGUUUCCCCGGGGAGCGGCCAACCACGACCUGACGGACACCACCCGGGCCGAUCUAUCACGGAAUCGCCUAUCAGAAAUUCCUACAGAAGCAUGCCACUUUGUUUCACUUGAAAGUCUCAACUUGUAUCAAAAUUGUAUUCGAUAUAUCCCAGAAGCAAUUCUGAAUCUACAAGCAUUAACAUUUCUAAAUAUCAGUCGGAACCAACUUUCAACAUUGCCAGUACAUAUGUGUAAUCUCCCACUGAAAGUCUUAAUUGCCAGUAAUAAUAAAUUGGUCUCUCUUCCUGAAGAAAUUGGACAUCUCAGACACUUGACAGAGCUUGAUGUGAGUUGUAAUGAAAUUCAGACACUACCUCCCCAAGUUGGCAAUUUGGAAUCUUUGCGAGAUCUUAACAUCAGGAGAAAUCACUUAGUGCGUUUACCCGAAGAGCUUGCCGACUUGCCUUUAAUACGGUUAGACUUCUCCUGUAAUAAAAUUACUUCAAUACCUGUUUGUUAUCGAAACCUCAGGCACUUACAGAUGAUCACCCUAGAUAACAACCCCCUACAGUCUCCUCCUGCACAGAUAUGUAUAAAAGGCAAAAUCCACAUAUUUAAAUACCUGAACAUACAAGCAUGCAAGAUUGCUCCAGACCUGCCAGAAUAUGAUAGGAGGCCCAUGGGGUUUGGCUCCUGCCAUGAAGAAUUGUACUUAAGUCGUCCAUAUGGGGCCCUUGAUUCUGGUUUUAAUAGUGUGGACAGUGGUGAUAAGAGGUGGUCAGGGAAUGAACCUACAGAUGAAUUUUCAGAUUUACCUUUACGUGUAGCAGAGAUUACUAAAGAACAGAGACUGAGAAGAGAAAGCCAGUAUCAAGAAAACCGAGGCAGCAUAGUGGUAACAAAUGGUGGAGUGGAACAUGAACUGGAUCAGAUUGACUAUAUUGACAGCUGUGCUACAGAAGAAGAGGAAGAAGAGCUGAGGCAACCCAAGUGCCUGGAUUCAGAAAGCCUCAGCUCACAAUUCACAUCAUAUAUUGAACAACGUCGGAUUUCUCAUGAGAGUUCACCAGUAAAGCCAGUACCCAUUAGAGAUUUUCAAAGAACAGAAGACACAAGAAGAUACUCUCAUCAAAACAGGAUUCCAGUUGAAGCAUCUUAUCUUCUAUCAUUAUCACAGAGUCACAAUCAACUUUCACAGACAGACAUGGAAUUUCACCGAAGACGAGACCAGUUAGAGCGUACACGGAAAGAAGCACAACUUGCUGCUCUGCAGUAUGAAGAGGAGAAAAUAAGGACUAAACAAAUACAAAGAGAUGCUGUUCUGGACUUUGUCAAGCAAAAAGCAUCGCAGAGUCCACAGAAACAAAACCUUCCCGAUAGUGAGUGUCCCUUUCCAUCCAGAAGGUCUCAGCACACUGAUGAUAGUGCCUUGUUAGUGUCGAUGUCAGGGUUGACUCAAGUGGGCUGUGCUACUACCCUGCCUCAUUCUUCUGCCUUCAGACCUCUCAAGAAUGAUGACAGACCUGCCAUCUCACCAGGUUCACCUACAACCCAAACAGUACAACUUUCCCCUCCAUAUUCUACUGCUGCUUCUAACUUUAGAAACCAGCCCCAGCGACCAGAGAGUUUCCUUUUCCGAGCAGCUGUUAGAGAUGAAACAAGUAAAGGUCGUUCCUCACCCCUUCUUUCUUCUGCUGCUUCAACCACUGAAUCUGCAGAUCCCAGAUCAAGACAAAAUUCCAAACAGCGCGAGGAAGAGUUGGAGUUAAUUGAUCAGCUACGGAAGAAUAUUGAGUUCCGGUUGAAAGUUUCUCUGCCUUGUGAUCUUGGAGCAGCUCUUACUGAUGGUGUUGUUCUUUGUCAUUUGGCCAACCAUGUACGUCCUCGAUCUGUUCCCAGUAUUCAUGUUCCCUCACCUGCUGUGCCUAAAUUGACAAUGGCUAAGUGCAGGAGAAACGUGGAAAAUUUCUUAGAGGCUUGCAGAAAAAUUGGUGUACCUCAGGAGCGAUUAUGUUUGCCUCUUCAUAUUUUAGAAGAAAAAGGUUUGACCCAGGUAGCAGUGACCGUCCAGGCCCUCCUUGAACUUGCCCCACCCAAGCAACAGCAGCACCAGUUGUCUGCUGUAUAAAGACUACCAGGACCUUGAGGCUUUGUCUUGACCAAGCAGAAGAGAGAGAUGAUG